AUGCGGGAUCGAUAAAUUUACUUAUGCAUCACAUAGUCAGCAUGUCAGCUUAUUUUUUGCGCUGCCAUCCUACUUUAUAGUACUGUACUGGUACUUCCCUACGGAAACCAGCCAGCUGUUUACAUUAUUUUCUGAAUUCUGUGGUACAACCACAACUUUCCCUUUCGUUAAACUUUUCUUCUCAUCUUCUCUUUUUGCAAAUAUUUCAAACUUCUGAUUCAUCUCUGUGAAAUCGUUAUACACCUACCACUCUUGACUUUAAUUUAGCUGUUAUUAAUUACGUACUGUAUUUUCAGCGCUUGCUGGUUGCAUGGAUGGUUGUAUAGUACGCCUAUGCUACCACUUUUCCCAUUAUUGCUGAUCCAGAAAGAAUGAAAUACGUCGCCGAUCUCUGAAAAUUUCUCAAUCUGACCCAAAUUAGUGGGCGUUUAUAUCAUCCUGGAGGCUUGACGUAUACAGACACCGUUAUUAAUUUUAGAAGAAUUGUGUAUCUCAUUCUUGAUUCAGUGAUCAUUGUGGAACCAUUGUGGGACCUUUCUGUUAAUCCUGGAGUCACUGUGACAGACUGACAAUCACACACGUCAAGUACCAUCCGUUCUAUUAUUUUUAUUCCCAUACAGCAUAAAACUGGCAUUCUUUUUGCGAAGUAUUACCAUUUACGCAAGCGUGACCUUAUGCAGUAAAUGGUACUAAUCACACACGCCAGACAUAAUGGCGUCGACGUCGGAUGAGUAAUUAAAUCAUAAUCUGAUUGAAAUCAGGAAAUUAAUUCGUCUAAAGGAAGAAAAGGGAUGGUCGAUCGUUUAAGUGUGUCAUUAAUUACUCCACACAUGCUCCGUCGGAGAACCGCAAAUGUAUGUCCACAAUAUUCCAUCGAAAUUGACUGACCAUCGUUGGCGUCAUGCAUAACAUGUGGAUCGUUCGGGCGAUUUAUUGCGGACAAUUGUUAAUGCGUACGUAUUUUGGAUUGCCCACAGUCUGUCUACUGUCCAUAUUAUUAUCGUUGACUGGAGGGUCCCACGUGAGUGCUGUCCCGCUGCCCCUUCGCGCCGUUGAAGACACUGGUCUCGAGUUCAUGGUGGCCAACAGCCAGCAGGAACUUCAGUUUGCUCCUUCCGAAUCGGGCAUAUCGUCCCAGCCAUCCGCUUCCGGUUACGACUUAGAGCUGGCAGUACCCCCGGCAGUAGCAACAAUAAGGAACGAUGCUGAAAUUGUUGGAGAUAACAGCGGAAAUAUAGGUGACCAGGUGGAUGAAGGAGUUUCACCGUACGCCCUGACCUUCGACCAGACUGUGCCCGCUCCAGGCUACAGAUUACCCUGGAUCCCAGCUGCUAGGCCGCGGUCCGAACCCACCACUUAUGUAAGACCACUUGUGAUCAGUACAGAGGAUGACAUUCCCAGAACAAUCGAGGAAGCUGGAGAUUUGGAGCCGGUGCUGGUCAAGCGGAACGUGCCGAUAUAUGCCGAACCCAUUAAUCCAGAAGAUGUUGCCGUGGCUAUUGGUCGUAUGGGAGACACAGAUGAGUGGAGCCCAUACGAUCAGAAUAGCGGCAUUGUGCGAAAGCUGAGAUAUCCUUUGCGUGAUGCUGGGAGCGACUUAGACGUGUCCGGAGACGACUUACAGCAGUCGGCGGAUGUCUGGGAUUUCGAUGCAGAUAUACCGACAGUUUCAGAGACCGACCGUAGCCGCGAUCGGCAACAACAGGAAGAGAAUGUUGAGGAUUUAUUAAGAGACCUCGCCAUGCUGGAUGGAAAUCCACCGGAUACGUUUGUUCGUACCCUGGAAGCCCCACAAGAAGAAGAAGACGUUGAGAUCCAACCGGAAUCAAACCGGGAUUUUAUACCAAUGGGCGGAUCCCGAUUAAAACGCCUCUCAGUUCCAGCGUCGCAGGCCAACCGUCCGCCAUUAGUGCGGCAGGACGCCGUGGACAUACCGGAUGAUGAGUCCAGCGGCUCAACAACAAACGCGGCUAAUGACGACUCCGAUGAAGAUGACGAGGCCGAUCGGGACCGGGCUGUCAGUGUUAUCCUGGAUGCCGAGGCAUCGCAGCUGCGCCAGAUGAAGAAAUCCAUUGAGAAUGCGUUGCGGGCCAAUCAACAACAGCAAGAUAUGGUACAGGCCCGCACUGUGCUGCGCGAUGAGCCGGAUGUUUUUGUUCGGUCGCAACGAGCGUUGCCCCUGAACUUGAAAGAAGGGGAUGACGGACGCAAAGGUGAUACGCUGGAGGACAUGGAUAAGGGUUUUGAUGCCGUCGCUGAGACGAUCAACCCGGGGGGCAGUUUGGUUGUACGACCUUUCGAAACUGAAGAUUAUGAUCCGGAGAAUGUAGCACAAAAUGCAAGGUUAUAUAAACGGGCCUUGCUUGAUGUACCCUUUGAUCCACUGCCUCAGGACGAAUUCCCGGUUAGUAAGGAUGAAGUUGAAGAGCGGCAGCUCGAUGACGACGACGAAGAUGAUGACGAAGACGCCGCUGCUGCAGCAUCCCGUCUGGAAAUGCCCAGUCCCGAAUCUGAUGAUCUACAGGAAGCCGUUGCCGGCCGUUUCCGCGUGUGCGAUAUGGUGCACAAUAAGUUUUACCGUCAAAUGUCCUUCACGGGUAAAACACUGGAAGUCGAUGAAUGUUACGUCAGUUGUGAGCGACGUGAAGGUGACCGGGUGUUCAGUCACAUUUUCAAACUGGUGGACUGGCCAUGCGGAGUUAAACUGGAAGGGAAGUGUGACAAGCAAGGAGUGUGCUCCGCAUUUUAAUUAAUGCGGUCCGUCUUCUGUCACCAACGGGUCUUCAUUUCCUUUUUACAAAAUGGCGGUUUUCUGUGAAAUUCUAGAUCUUCAGAUUUUCAAAAUUAUCAUUUUGCUGUUUGUGUUACUGUUUUUAAAGUAACAUUUUUAGAUGGGUGCGUUAUUGCUGCAUUAUCGCAAGCAACAGCGUUUUAUUUUAGUUCUUAAAAAUUUUAUAUAGAAUAACUGGCACAAAUAUUUUUAGUUUUACAUUUUUUUUCUGUGUUGUACUGUUCAGUUUAAAGCAGAGUAAACAUAAUAACACUGGG